CUAAAAGGUUGGCCAUUAUCAGCUCGUAAACUUCCGGCAAAUUAAAUGUAAUCUCAUCUUCUCGAGUGAUUCAAAAGUUCUCUAAUUUGCCAAUUGCACACAUUUUUGGGCCAAGGCCAUAUCAGAGCGCUAGCGUGAUACAACGCUAGUGGCCCUUUCUUAAAGUUCCCGUCGUCCAAAACUGGGUAUUUGUUUCCAUCAUAUCCACUUCCUCUCGGCGCCACGUACUUCGUUUGUAAGUCGAAACUACCUCUUGAUCUAAAGGCCUAGAAAUACUAAUUCAUUGAUAAAGAAUUCCGCUUUUGCUUCGGAAGAUUCAAUUGUGUUAUCACGGCCAAAAAAACCGAAGUGAAUUGCACUAGUUUUCUCCAUCUCACACCGCCACUAUGAGUGUCGAGACACUCGACCACCUCACGCAUUCCGGUAUCGAGGCACAAAAGAUUCCAGCUAUGCAGGAUCUAGAUGCCUCGAAAUUGGCAAUUGAACUUACAAAGUCACCUCGAAAAGUUCCUGAGCUCAAUAGUGCAGGGGUCUGGAGUAUGAACUUUUCCAUCUAACCCCAUUUUACACGCCGACUUGGGCGAUGGUCUAUUCACACUUACAUCCCCUUGCUUUCAUUCAUCGAGAAAAAUAUGUGCUAAUAUAUCUUUUCAGGUUGCAAAGAAUGCACUGAUCAUAGUAAGUAAUUGUGGACAACCCCUUGCCAUACACACCAAGCCCUUGAAUUGGCCUCUAAAAAUAAAUUGAGCUUUGCUUACCCUUCUUCAGUGCUCACGGUAACCUGGCUCGAGGGGAAAGGAUGGGGCACACCAAAAAUUGUCCCAUAUGGACCUUUGACUAUCAUGCCAACAGCGUCAUGUCUCCAUUAUGCCACUCAAUGUUUCGAGGGUAUGAAAAUCUAUCGUGGAUACGAUGGUAAACUUCGACUUUUUCGCCCCGAUAGAAAUUGCGCCAGAUUGGUUACCAGUUCCGCUCGCGUAUCCCUCCCAAUAUUCAACCCAGUAGAAUUGGAGAAAUUGCUCAAAGCGUUGAUGAAAAUCGAUGGUGCUAGUAUGUAUUGAAAACUCGAGUUUUGCACUUGGGAAAACUAUGGGAAAAACUAAUGCCUGUUUAGAAUGGCUUCCGAAAUCCGAGCCAGGAAACUUUCUCUAUCUUCGUCCUGCUGUGAUCGGUAAUGGAGAGCAACUCGGUGUAUCUGCUCCACCUGAAGUUUUGUUGUUUGUUAUCGCGGUACCAUGGCCGGAUCUAUCUACAGGAUGGAACCCAUCCACAGAUAAGAAGGCCCCGGGACUGAAGCUUUUGGCAUCUAAGAAUGAUACCCGAGCGUGGCCUGGUUAGUGAAGUAUUAUAACACUUCAUGGCUAUGCUAAUGACUGUCACUAGGUGGUUUUGGAUAUGCCAAGGUUGGAGCCAAUUACGGACCGUCAUUUGUUGCUAGCACGGAAGGUAGAAAGAAGGGAUAUGAUCAGAUUCUAUGGCUGUUUGGUCCAGAUUACCAGGUUCGUCAAUUACGAGUAUUGAUGUUGAACUUGUAUUGACGAUAAAAACAAGGUCACCGAGGCAGGAGCUUCGAAUUUCUUCAUCAUCUGGACAACGAAAGAAGGGAAAAUGCAGCUCAUCACCGCUCCUCUGGAUGAUAAGAUCAUACUCGAUGGGGUAACCAGAAGAAGUGUUCUUGAAUUGGCACAUGAGAGAUUCAUAGUCGGAUCCGAGUAUCUCGAUUCCAAUAUCAAGCCGCUUGAGGUAGUGGAGAGAACGUUCACCAUGGCUGAGGUUGUCGAGGCGAAGAACGAGAACCGCAUUGUUGAGGCAUUUGUUUCUGGGACUGCUGUGAGUUUAGCCUUCUCCAACUUAUAUUCUCAUUGGGUCUUCUAACGAUAUUCCUAGUACUUCAUCACCCCAGUCUCCGCUAUCAACUUUCAAGAGGAAGAAUUUUCUAUUCCAAUGGGAGGUGGUGAAACUGGUUACUUUGCUGGAGCUUUGAAGAAGUGGCUUAUGGAUAUUAAAUAUGGUAAUGUUGAUCAUCCAUGGGGUGUUAUUGUCGAAGAGGAUUGAUUUGGAUUGGGAAGAUAAACUGGAUAUAGCAUCAGCAUUCCAUAAAUCCACUCAGUAGCGCCCAAAAUUAGAGUAUAGAAUAGCGGCGGUUCGCCUAUAGAAAGGAUUCAAUCCAUUGUCUUGUUACCGUAUACUGUUUUCAAAAGUUGAAAGUCUAACUUUCAAGAGCGUGUCAUG